AUGUCGUCAUCCAUUGAUCUCGCUUCCGGCAUGCCGUUUGCAGUCGUGCCUGAUGCGCUGCGGACCGCGUACGGCUUUCUCGACAGCUGCGCAGCGUAUUACUGUGCGCAGGCGGAACAGUUUGUGUUGGCAGAGGGCAACAAAAGCCAGCGGGAGCCCGUUGUGGUGAUUCUCACGCACGAUGGUCUUUAUCUUGGGGAUGAGCAGGGAAACAUCUACCGGCGCGUGGAACUUGUGAGCAUCCGCUGCCUCGUGACGAACAGCGAUUUUUCCUCAUUUGACAAUCACGAACAGUCACGGAGUCUUUUCACCGCAUUUGUGCUUAGUGGCCAAUUGGAUCCGUGUGACAUCAUUUUGGCCGGUCGCCCGGGUCACACGGCUGCAGCGAUUGUCUUGCGGCUGUUGUCAUCACGCGAACGCGACGUUCCGAUGCACAUGUACUCGGUCGAUGGUUGUGAUGCUCUGCCAAAAGGAGUUUUGCGGCUUUCACCGCGUCGCACGUCCGUCACGGCGUCGCAAGGGCAGCAGGCGUUGCGCGACAGCAUCCCGCCACGCAGCGGGGCGGCCAACCUGGCGGCGGUGUCGUCUAUCGCCAUUUCGAAAGGGCAGUUUGUGGCGACACUUGCCCGUAUAGCGGAUGAAGAGCGAAGAGCGACGACCACCCUUGACACUAUUGCUACCGAUGUUGUCCCCACAGGGGUGUGGGUGCCGCUCGCCGUGAGAUGCUGUUUCCCGCCCUUCAAGGAUGUGCAGCUUUUUUGGGCCGGGUGGGUGAAGUUCCACGGCGAGACGCUGCAGGAGUCGUCGGAGGCCGUUUUCUUCAUCACCCCGGCACAGGCCGUGGUGGUGCAAGCACAGCAACCCAUGCGUGUGCUGCCGCUGCACGCCAUUUCAGCUGUUUUCGUUCACAACAUUGACAGCGUGCGAAAGAGGCGUUCCAUCUUUUUAGUUUCGAAACUGAAGGAUGCGGAUAUCUGCGUUCAAGCACGCGGAAAAGACGGCAACCAGUUGCUCGCGCAGCUGCACAAUGCCCUUUGCGCCCUCGAUCCAGCCAACGUGCCUCCCGUUAAAUCUGUCACCACCACAAAAGGGCUGAAACUGCGGGUGAGACCGAGUAAGAGGUAUAAGAUGCCCACCGUUGUGCUGCCGCCAUCAUUAGAGUGUGUGCGGUAUCGAAACUUUGUUUUUGAUCGCGUAAAGGACAUCCUACGGGAAUGUGAGCCAUCGAGACAACAUACAGCCGCAGUACUUACCGAGCAGUACUUUGGAAAGGAGUUGGAGUUGCUCAGUCUCCUCUAUAACACCUACCCAGAGUACGCCGUGCGUCAGGAGAGCCACUUAGAAUCAAAAUAUCGUGAACGGCUGCUGGCGUUCUGCGCAAAGUACCUUCCUGAUAGCGUUGGCAUUGUUGACGAAGUCCUCUACAGCUACGAGACGCGUGAAGAGGAGCUUUUCCGUCAGCUUGUGCAGCGGUACGGUCCAGAGCCCCGGGAAGCGGCACUGCCCUUCGAAAGGUACCGAACAACCCUAACGCUGGAGGAAGUCAGGCGGGCGUUGGUAAAUUUUUAUCGCCACUAUGAGCCAAAGAAGAUUGCAGACGUUGACGCCAUAAUGACACUUUACCAGGGCCGUGAACAGCUGCUCUUUGACAGACUCACCCAACUCUACGGACCCAUGCCUCCCAACGAGGAUUCUGCUUCGUUUUCAGAUGAACCUGCAUCGCCGCCUUCACCGACCUCCUUCCACCCGGCCCCAUUGCCGCCAAGCGAGGAUGAAACUGCGGACCGUCCUUCUUGGCUUCAGCGACUAGAGGCCUUUCUCGCACGCUACAUACCAGAGCGCAGCGGAGAGGCGGAGAUGUUGCUCCAGCGAUACGCUGGGUGUGAGGACGCUCUCCUCUAUGGACUUGAGAAGAAAUACGGCCCUGAACCUGUACUCGCCACACGGCGAAAUCGCGCGCGAGUUGCGGCGUUCUUUGUGCGUGCAGGCUUGCCACUGCCUGACGAGGUACAGAUUGAUGAGAUAAUUCACUCUUUCCGUGGUAGUCAAGAGGAUUUCUUUUUCCAUCUUGAGCAGCAGUAUGGCGCGGAGAAUCCGUUGCAGUUUCCAAAAGAGGCACAAGAUAUCACUGUGGCGGAGUUUGCAAAGGUGGAUCUUCUGACGGAAAUUCCCUUUGUGGAGGUGCCGAAGUCGCUCCAGCCUUUGUUCCCCAGUUUCUGUGGUAGGGCCGCGCUCCUUUGGUUUGGCCGCGUGCUUCACUGGGAGCAACCGGCGCCGCCGACACUGCGCUGCGCCUACCUUACCUCUUCGCACAUUUUUGUCGGGAAUUCUGAGGCUGACACCGCGCGGUGUACCGCGUUGGAACAAGUGGAAGCGGUGUACAUAAAUUCGAAACGUGAGCGCAAAGAUGUCUCUCCGUCCAUGCUGAUUCGGGUGCAGGAGGAGCAUGAUCUUUUCUUUGCGUUUGCUUCCGAUGAGGAGGGGCAUCAGCUGCUUUCAGCACUCACAAGUGUACUGACACGGUACCACUUUGGCCGCCGGUGCCGUGUGCUUGCGUGCGCCAACUUCACGGACCCGGGAAUUCAUGCCAACUGCUUGCGUUUACCGACGCACAUUAACCGUGUUGCGGCCGUCCCGCAGCGACCUCGCACCACGCCAUCUGUGUGCAUCCAUAACAGCGAUGACAGGGCUGUCAGUAUGAAUGGUGGCGAGCACGAUGACCACGUCCUCCGCUUGCUGAAACAGCAAGAGUGUGAGCUGUGUAGCAGGCUUCACGACGCUCUAAUUCUGAAGGAUGACGUGGAUCAGCAGCUGGCAUUGCAGCAGGACGCCGCUCUCGUUAACCACAGAUGGGAUAUUAUUCGCCAGUUGGCAACAAAGCAGAAGAAGGUGUUUGGUACUGUGCCCUCGCGACCUGCCGCCUCCAGCGACAUCAUCGGCAACACCCAGCACCCCUCGCAGCUGCAGAAGUUUCAAGUAGUCGCCACUGUGCCGUCGCAUACAGAUAAACUCAAUCCAUUGCAACGGGCGCAGUACAUGAAAUUUUCCCCGAAUGGAACGUAUGGUCUGGGUGUGCAAAGCAGUUGGUACGGUGGCAGCGACGUCACCUUGACGAAAGGCACAGAGACGUCGGAGUGCAACGCUGCGCCUUCGUUGACAUGCUCCCCUGAGAGGUCUGCCGCAGACGCAGUCGGUGACGUUUCCUAUCGACUCUCCAUCACCAGGGAUGACGAGGUUGUGGGUUACUAG